UCUCACAGAGAACCGCUGUGGCUUUUGAGCAGCGCUCUCGUGCUUCGCUCAUACGCACUUUAAACAGGAUGUAGCGACUGAGACAAACCACGGAAAGAGAAAAAGCGGCUAAAACACUGCGAUGUGAAAAACACCGGUGAGCCAGAAAUGACUGCCACAGCGGAGGUGAAGAAGAAGAAGCAGCAGGAGAAGACAGGCAGAGUCCCGAUGAGGCAGCUCACCGCCGGCAGGUCUUGACGGCUGCUCCCCGUGACCUGAGACACCCAGCACUGCACGGUUUACACACACUGAAGACCCGACAGAGCCGAAAUAUUCCACAUCCCGUCGGCAAACCUUGAAAGCGAUAAUGGCGAGCCAGGGCGACUGCUGUGUGAAGGUUGCACUGAGGAUUCGUCCUCAGAUGGCCAAGGAGAAGAUCGAGGGCUGCCACGUGUGCACCUUGGUCACACCUGGAGAACCACAAGUUCUGCUGGGAAAGGACAAGGCCUUCACCUAUGACUUUGUGUUUGACGUCGACUCAGAGCAGCACCGGAUCUACCAAGGCUGCGUGUACAAGCUCAUCGAGGGCUGCUUCGAGGGCUACAACGCCACCGUGUUCGCCUAUGGCCAGACGGGUUCGGGGAAGACCUACACCAUGGGGACGGGCUUUGACGUGAAUCUGACCCAGCAGGAGCAGGGUAUCAUCCCUCGGGCUGUUCACCAGCUUUUUGAGGGAAUCCAGAACAGGAAAGUGCGCGCCCAGGAAGCCGGCACCCAGCCACCCGAAUUUAAAGUCAGCGCCCAGUUCCUAGAGUUGUACAAUGAAGAGAUCCUGGACUUAUUUGACGGAUCCAGAGAUCCGGAGAGUCGGAGCAGGAAGUCCACAAUUAAGAUCCACGAAGACGCCAGUGGCAGCAUCUACACCACCGGAGUCACAUCCAGACUGGUACACUCAGAGGAAGAGCUGCUGCAGUGUCUGAAGCUUGGCGCUCUGUCCCGUACCACAGCCAGCACCCAGAUGAAUGCCCAAAGCUCCCGCUCACACGCCAUCUUCACCAUCCACCUUUGUCAGAUGAGAGUCUGCCAGCAGCUGCAAAUGCAGAACGGAGGAGGGGAGAACGGGGAGGUGAAUGGUGUGGAGUCGAGCCCCAUCGCCCAGCCGGAGUUUGAGACGCUGAUGGCCAAGUUUCACUUUGUGGACCUGGCUGGCUCUGAGAGGCUCAAGCGCACAGGAGCCACAGGAGAGAGAGCCCGCGAGGGAAUCUCUAUCAACUGUGGACUGCUGGCCCUGGGAAAUGUGAUCAGUGCUUUAGGAGAUCAGACCAAGAAGGGAGGGCACGUCCCCUACAGAGACUCCAAACUCACUCGUCUGCUGCAGGAUUCACUGGGAGGCAACAGUCGUACAGUGAUGAUAGCCUGCGUCAGUCCAUCAGACCGCGACUUCAUGGAGACGCUUAACACACUGAAAUACGCCAACCGCGCUCGAAACAUCAAGAACAAGGUGGUGGUGAACCAAGACAAGACCAGCCAGCAGAUCAGCGCCCUGCGUGCUGAGAUAGCCCGACUUCAGAUGGAGCUGAUGGAGUACAAGGCGGGGAAGCGUGUUGCAUGUGAGGAUGGUUCAGAGGGGUUCAGUGACCUGUAUCAGGAGAACGCCAUGCUGCAGAGAGAAAAUGACACGCUGCGCCUCAGGGUAAAAGCCAUGCAGGAGACCAUCGACCAUCUCAACACCAGAGUGACACAUCUGCUGGCCAAUGAGGUCAGCACUCUACUGACCAAGUCAAGUGAGGGCAAUGAGGAGAUCGGGGCUCUGAUCCAGAACUACAUCCGAGAGGUUGAAGAACUUAGAACCAAGCUUCUUGAGAGUGAGGCCAUGAAUGAGUCGCUGCGACGGCAGGCGGCCCGGCUUUCCUCCCGUUCACCGUUCCCCUCUACUCUCAGCCCCGCCCCGGGCCAUCCCCCUGGCUCCUCUCCUGCCCCAAUGUCCAUGGAGGCCGAGAUGACGGACGUGUUACGCCGAGCCAAGAUGGACAUCGAGAGGCUGAAGAAGAAGGAGAGGAGGCAGAGGAGGAUGAGUCCGGAGCUGGAGAAAGGUCUAAAAAAGCGAGUGAAGCUGCACACUCAUGAGAACGGGGAGAAUGGGCAGAAUGGAGAAAAUGGGCAGAAUGGACAGAACGGAGAGAUCGAUUCGGAUGACAAUUACACAGAGGACAUCAUGUCUCCACUGCAGGAGGAGAGUGGCUGUGAUGAAGAUGAGGGGGAGGACGAGGAGGAGGGCAGGGAGGAGGAGGACGAGUUUGACAGCGACGAGAGCCUGGUGGAUUCAGACUCAGACUCAGAUGAGAAAGCUAACUUCCAGGCAGACCUGGCUGACCUGACCUGUGAGAUCGAGAUCAAACAGAAGCUGAUAGACGAGCUGGAGAACAGCCAGCGGAGGCUGCUGAUGCUCAAGCUGCAGUACGAGGAGAAGCUCAUCCUGCUGCAGAACAAGAUCAGAGACACGCAGCUGGAGAGAGACCGCGUGCUUCAGAACCUCAUGUCCAUGGAGAACUACACAGAGGAGAAGGCGAACCGGAUCAAGCAGGAGUACGAGAAACGUCUUAAGGAGAUGAACCGCGACCUGAUGAAGCUACAAGCGGCACAGAAGGAGCACGCGCGUCUCCUCAAAAACCAGGGGAGGUACGAACGGGAGCUGAAGAAACUCCAGGGCGAGGUCAACGACAUGAAGAAAGCCAAGGUGACACUGAUGAAGCAGAUGAAGGAGGAGCAGCAGAGGAGGAGGAUGGUGGAGGCAAAGAGGAACCGUGAGAUCGCCCAGCUCAAGAAGGAGCAGCGACGACAGGAGUACCAGAUUCGAGCACUGGAGUCUCAGAAACGGCAGCAGGAGCUGGUCCUGCGCAGGAAGACGCAGGAGGUGACGGCCCUGCGGCGCCUGGCCAAACCCAUGUCAGACCGCGUGGCUGGACGGGUGGCCCGCUGGAACCAGGCAACUGCGGUUACGGACUCUGGAGCCGAGUUAUCAGCCAGCACCACAGCGAGCAGCUCUGAACCCGAGACCGGGAGGACUGUGAGCGGGCUGGUGAGACAGUGGAACAACAAGAACAAUGUGUUCGGAUACCUGGGAGAGAGCGAGGGGAGCAUGGAUGGAACCAGAGUCAUUGGCAGCAGGAAGAAGUUGCAGCGUAAGCCAGCAGGCCUGGGCAGCGUUGGAGCCGCAGGCAGAGCCAGCAGCUUCUCCAAGUCAGCCCGUCAGAAGUGGCAAGCCCUCGAGCGUCGCAUCAUGGACAUUGUCAUGCAGAGGAUGACCAUCGCUAAUGUGGAAGCUGAUAUGGAUCGCCUGAUCAAGAAGCGAGAGGAGCUGACGGUCCAGCAGGAAGCACUCUCACAUAAAAGGGAGGUACUGAUGGCAGAGGGGGAGGGCCCAGAAGCAGAGGACCGUCUCCUUCAGGAAAUUAAUGAGGAGAUUGAGGUGCUGAACGCCAAUAUAGACUACAUCAAUGACAGCCUGUCUGACUGCCAGGCCACCAUUGUACAGAUAGAGGAGACCAAGGAUGAACUGGACUCAGUGGACACCUCAGUGGUGAUCAGCUCCUGCUCCCUGGCAGAAGCACGCCACCUGCUGGACCACUUCCUGAAGGCCUCCAUAGACAAGAGCUUACAGGUGGCUCAAAAAGAGGCUCAGAUCAGACUGCUGGAGGGCCAGCUGAGACAGACAGACAUGAUUGGCUCGUCCCACAAUCACAUGAUCCUUGAUGCCCUGCGAGAAAAGGCAGAGUACAUCCCCGAACUCCAGGCUCUCAUCCACAAUGUACAGCAGGAAAAUGGUUACACCAGCACAGAUGAGGAGCCCUCUGAGUUCAGCCAAGCCUCUGACAGCAGUGUAUCGCAAAUGAAAGAAUCCAACAGCCAAGAUGAUUUCAAGCUAAAGAUGGAGCCACGUCUGUCGGCUCAGAUGAAGGCGGUGUCGGCAGAGUAUUUGGGCCCCAUCCUGGAUCCUUCAUCAGGCAGUAAACAGCAGCACAUCACCAAAUCUCUUGCCUCGCUGACUGACAUCCAGGAGGAUGGCCUGAGUCUGGUGACAGGGAGUCUGGGGCUCAGCCUGGCCCUACGGGACACUUACCACAGGGACCGGGCCUCCCGCACCAUCAGCCUGCCUGUCAGGGGACACACCUUUCCCAGGCAGUCUCGGGGUUAUGACACUUCCCCUAUAACAAGGAGGAAAUCUUACGACCGUGCUUACAGGCCCACUGACGGCUAUACUCCCCCCUCUUCUCCUCCUCUGAGGACUAGGAACGACCGCAAUGUCUUCUCAAGGCUCACCAGCAACCAAACCCAAGGUUCUGCUCUGGACAAGUCGGAUGACAGCGACUCCUCGCUCUCCGAGGUGCUCAGGGGUGUGAUCAAUCCCAUUGGGGGUGUGAAGGGGGGUCGGACGGCGCCCCUGCAGUGUGUUUCUGUAGCCGAGGGCCACUCGAAGCCGGUCCUGUGUGUGGAUGCUACAGAUGAACUGCUAUUCACUGGAUCUAAAGACCGCACCUGUAAGAUGUGGAACCUGGUAACAGGUCAGGAGAUCGCAACUCUCAAAGGCCACCCCAACAACGUGGUGUCAGUCAAAUACUGUCCGUCCUCCUGUCUGGUCUUCUCUGUCUCCACCUCCUACAUCAAGGUGUGGGACAUUCGUGACUCCGCCAAGUGUGUCCGCACGCUCACUUCAUCGGGGCAGGUGGUUUCGGGUGAUGCGUGUGCCGGCACCACCACCCGCACAAUAACUUUUGCACAGGGUGAGUGCCAGAUCAACCAGAUCGCCCUCAACCCAUCAGGAUCUGUGCUUUACGCUGCGGCUGGUAACACUGUUCGCAUGUGGGACCUCAACAGGAUGCAAGCGAUGGGAAAGCUGACAGGCCACAUUGGCUCCGUCAUGUGUCUGACAGUGGGACAGUCUCUGCUGGGCAAAGACCAAGUAAUCACUGGAUCCAAAGACCAUUACGUCAAGGUGUUUGACGUGGCAGAGGGAACUUUGGGUAACGUAGGCCCAGCUCAUAACUUUGAGCCUCCACAUUACGAUGGCAUCGAGUGUUUGGCUGUACAGGGAGACGUGCUCUUCAGUGGGUCGAGGGACAACGGGAUCAAGAAAUGGGAUCUGGAGCAGCAGGAACUCACUCAGCAAAUCCCUAACGCCCACAAGGACUGGGUGUGUGCUCUGGCGUACGUCCCGGGCCGACCCAUGCUGCUGAGCGCCUGUCGGGGCGGCAUGCUGAAGGUGUGGAACGUAGAUAAUUUCACCCCCAUAGGAGAGGUCAGGGGUCAUGACAGCCCCAUUAACGCCAUAUGUACCAACUCAAGACAGAUCUUCACCGCGUCCAGUGACUGCAGGGUGAAGUUGUGGAGCUAUGUGCCAGGCUUGACCCCGUGUCUUCCUCGUCGGGUCCUGGCCAUCAAGGGCCGGGCCACCAGCCUCCCGUGAUUGCCUCUUCUCCGCUCACCAAACCUUCCCUCCUCUGUGACAAGACAGUGAAGAUCUGGCUGUCAAAGGUAUGGAGGAAGAGGUGACAAUUGAAAAUGGCUGUGGUUCCUCUGUAAACCACCUUGCUGUAACUUCAGCCACCGAUCUGGGACCUGCUCACUUUCAGUAAUGGUAUGCAACACUGAAAUCACCGUUUCCAAGGCAAUCAAUGUGUUUUUUUGUUUUUUUUUGUCACAAUGCAAAGUGAUAAAGCUGAGGUGGAAUAUUUUUUUCAAAUGCAAAAGGACUUUUUUCCGCUGAGAUUUUUUUUUACUGCCAAUCUGAAAGUGCCAUUCAGGUGUGAUGCUACAUGGACGAGAUAAACCACAUCUUCCCGGCCAUGGAUACACCAGGCAGAGCAACACUUCUGCUGACGUGAAACCUACCACGGCCUGGUAUAAAAAAGAAAAGAAAAAAAAGUGUCCUUCUGUUCUAUCAGCGAGGUUUCAGAAACCUUGUGGAACAGUGAGAGAUGAAUUUGCUCAGAGACGCGUGUACUCAUGUAUCUAUUGUCUGAAAGUGGAGACACGGUCCAAAUAUAAAUCACAGAGCGACGCUACCUAACAAAUGGAACUUCUGUUCUUCAUUCAAGACUGUUUGUGCUCAUUAGUGUUGUGGUUGCUCUGAUUCUGAACACACUGGAUGGUGUGUGUGUUGGGAUGAUCAGUAGACUGUUGCUGAUCUUGGGUUAGACAUCACUGGAAAAUGACACAAAACACCAUCACUUUAUACAGUAUAUCACUGAAACUGAACUGUAUUCAACAAGUAGUGUUUUGUUUUAUUAUGAUUUUUAUUAAUUUAUUAUUUUCCCUACCUCAGUUGUUUUGGACUUUGGCGUGAGGGAACAUUUUUACGGGUCUCCAUGCACAAACACCUGGUGCUUGACAUUUGGAAGUCUUCAUUUAAUGCCUGGCCCUUCAUCUCUGUGUGGAUGUGUCCUCUGUGGCCCUCUGGCUAUCAGCCUGUCUAGCUGCUGACCUUGCAAACAGCAAAGCACAUGUCCAGUAGCACAAGUAAAGGUAGCAUGGGCCCCCGGAGGAUCUGACCACAGGAUCUGUAUUAUCUGCUCUGCAAAGUGCUAACCCCAGCGAUAUAACAGAAAAGAGACACCACUGCAGAUGCACAUGACACCAACAGUAGAUGACAACAGUACGCACAGCUCAGACAUUUGUGAGUUUGGUACUCCAUUGAGGCUAAAGCACCAGAUCAUUAUCUUAACGAACCUGUAUUAUAUGGCCCACACCUGCCAUUUAUCCUCUACGCAAAUGGUAAACGGAGCUCCACCAGUUUACCCCUGGUUGCGGAUUAGUGACAGUGUCAGACUGACCAGCCUUACUGAAGAGACCACUUCCUUCCCAGCUACUGAACUUCUCCAGAAAGCCAAUUUAAUUAGAGGUCUUGCAGCUCUACCGGCUGCUUUUCAGGCAAGAUUACUUGGGUGAAAGUAGGUCAUAACUGAGAGGGAUUUCUUAUUAAAAUCCCAGUUUUCUUCCACCCACUAUUUGCUGCUACAUUUAAAGACAGGAAGAAACUUCCUGUACCCGUGCACUGAUGUACAAAUCUGUUUAUGUGGCAGAUUAUGUGUGUGGGCAUAUGCACAAACUGUGGACACACACAAACACAAUAUUUCACGGGAUGUUGCGGUUAUCCGUCUUGCCUGAUGGUUCUUGGCAUCCCUCACUGUGUUGAUUUUGUGUCUUUUUAAUGAAAUGAAUUCAGCACUGCAGCACUCCACUGACGCACACAUAUGCACAUACAUACAGACUUUUAGACCCAACUGUACAUACACUCACCUACAGGCAACAGUAAGAACGCAGGUCUUCAAAGUCAGUUCAGUUAUCUUUUUGUUUUGUCUGAUGCUUCUGAAUAUGAAUUCACAUCACAUUCAGUGUGUGAACUUGGGCUUUUUCUGUAUCACUCCAACAUAACAAACAGCAUUUUAUAAGCCUCUUGUCAUACAGAUGUCUUACCAUUGUGUAAAAACCCACCUCAUGUCUGUUAGUAUCACAAUAUCACAGUUAAGUUUUGUUCAGCUGUGAAAUCUCACUCCCUCUGUAGACAAAAAGAACACUUUGGUGCACUUUUCCUUAUAACAGACCCAGAAACAUGUGUAGUGUUUAAUUAAACACAGCUUGGAUCAUAAAACAUCAGUCAUACUGUGGGUGCUGAAGUUGAUACUUACAAUACACUGCAAAUUCUCCUCCAAUAAGUGAGUAUGCACUGCUGAUGUUUAAUGUAUCCAACAUGAGUUUGAAGCUGCUUACACUUUCCAAAAGCAAUGAUGUGGGUUUUGGUUUUGUAUUGGGGAGGUGGGGAUAUGAAUGCAAGUGUGCGGAUGGGGGUGAUUUGCUCAAGUGUUCUUGGUUUUAAUAUUUUGCUACGCUUAGAAACUCAGGUAAAGGUUGAAGGAUAAGAUUAGUCAUACCUUCAUCAUUACUUGACCCUGUGAAGUAGGUAGCUCUUAGAAUCGACCAAAUGCCUUGUUUGAGACAUUUUUUACUUUGAGAAAAAUGGUACUAUCAGUGGUGUACCACCUCUUUUUUGUAAAAUACUCAUUUUCAUGUUUUGCUUUUGCAUUUGAUUCCCUUUACUUAUUAUAUAUGUGCUGUGCUUUUCUGUACAAAAUGUACACAUUUUAAAUUACUAUCUUCCCAAUCUGGCCAAAGCUUAAAGUCUUGCAACUCUGAGAAGAUGUGCAAUGAUUUUAGACCAUUACUACUUGUCUAUAAAAUAUGUAUAAUAUGUUAUCUGUAUAGUAGUUUGCCUGGACUGAGUGGUACAAAAUGUGGUCUGUAGGGAAAUUAACCUGCAUAACAUAAUGGGUUGUAUACUUGGACCUCAAGUCAGACUUCACUGGGCCCUUCACUUUACACUCUGUAUUUAUCUGUGCCAAUUAGCCCAACUGACCCUACGCACCAACUUGGUGGUGUGUUUCACGUGAUAACAAUGCUAACGCAGCCUUUAUCUCUCUUUUUUUUCCUCUCAUCCAGACUCUUACUUAUUGCUAGAGAAAAUCUUGUAGUGCUGUAGCUUUAGGCACUCUCUUAUGUGCCCCAUGCUUGUAUAUUUGCUGAAGGAUGCAUGAUGUUAGUGGUGCUCAUCGGUUGAUUGGACACCUCAAAACAUAGCAGUUCAGUGGGCAAUACAUUCCUCCUUGUAUUGUCAGUCUUAAUGUUUAACACCUGAGUGGAUUCACUGUCAAAAUCUCAGAAGGAUCAGGCCGUUUGUUGGUAUUCUGAGGCGUUGACACUCGGAUGUAUUAUGCAUAAAAUGUGUUACAAGAAUGUAGAGUGUUUCACAAAAGCUGCUUCCCUGGAAGAUUUAUUACAGCCUAAGGGGAAGCCCUGUUAUUAUCCGGCCUUGGAUCAGCCCCACCCAAAGUUACCCCAAGCUCUGAGGCUUUGAUUUCAGCCGAUGUCAGCACCACUUCAUGACUCGAUUAAGUGUAAAUAGGUGUUUUUUAAUAUUACAGAGCGGAUGCAGUUGAGGUUAACUGACUUCUUUCUCAUCAGCUGGCCUCAGUGUGAUCUCUGCAAGUGAGAAUUUGCAAGCACUUUGGGUAAUGAACAUUGCUGUGAAUACUUCGAUAUGUAUUAAGCCUUUUAGACUUAGUUUACAAGGAAUGAAUUCAUGAGUCCCAAACAAGGAUGAAACCACUGAAAUUGUACUGAAAAGAACACAUCUGUUUAGAUCUACAGUAGGUUUAGAAAUCAGUGAUAUUAAUGUUUGUGCUGAUACAAUAGGCUAUGUAAGAUAACAGUCGAGAUGUAGACAGUUCCCAGUUUGUCCCUGCCUUUAAAAUUCCCUUUUUUUAUAGUAAAUGUUACAUGACAAUGAGAAUUUUCACUUUGACCAAGCAGCAUGCAAAACCUUUGUGGAUGCUCAGGAGAGAACUCCAUCCUUAUUUCCCUGGCUGUCUGCUGGCAUUCAGGCAUUUUUCUUGAUAUUACUGACAACAAACAGGUUUUAUUAUUCUAUGAACGAUGUAAUCAGAGACACAGGAUGAUGAGAUCUAACCUUAAUUUAUUUCCCCUGCAUCAGGCAACUGGGGAAAGAUCAUACCUGAUUAAAUAUCAUUUCAGAAAGGGAUUGAGCAUGUAGUGGGUAUUGUUUGAUCAAUACUCCUCUCCGAUCCCAAAUGGGAACAGCCAGCUGGUGGCAGUUUUCUGUAGCCAAGUAUGACAGGGGGAAAAAAAAUCUAUUGUAGGUUUCUGUGGCUCCUAUCAGCAUCUGGAUUAAAUUUGACCAAAGCUAAAAAUCACUUGAACAGCUGAUUGCUCUCAAUCUUGAUGCCACUAUGAUUUUUUUUUUAUUGAAAAGGUCUAACCUUGUUUAAAAAAAAUAAAAGGCCCAGUGUGAAACAGUGCAUGAAAGCCAUCCCAUGGAUCUCACCUGGGGCCACUAAAUGAACUGACUGUUCGCUAAAACCUGCCACCCUUAGUGUUUGUUGCUUUGUCAUUUUCUCUGUUCUUCAAUGAUAGCCGUGGGAAAUUUACCUUGAAAUUCACAAUAUUUAUUGUGUGUCUACAUUUGCAGCUCAGAUAAACAAAGUGAUUUAGCUGUUCCUGACACUUUAGCUCAAGUGUGUUUGGUUUUGUAAAAGAUGAAUAAUUGAUCUAUUUCGAUCAUAUUAGAGCCCCGUGCACAUCGUUUGAGCAUGUGGAGAAAUCCAAAGCUUCACAGGCCUGCCGUGCCUAAUUGCAUUCGCUAAGCUAUGAUUGGACAAUCGUUAUUUUGGGGGGGGGGGGGGGUGGCAGGCAUCAGUGAAUGGUCAGUUAGCUGCAAACAAAACAUAGACUGCACCAAUUUUCACAGGCAAAAAAGAACCUUAAAAUUCAGUGUACAGUAGUUUUAAUCAGUCUGUCUGUUCGUCAAUAUUCGUCAAUACCACAGAACAGAUUGGAGAGUAAAGCUGCCAGUCAAACUAUGUGAUUACCACCUUUACCACUUCCCAACCCAGCCCAGCCCGACCAUCUUAAGACUACUAGGAAAUAAAACCUUAGUAGUCAGCGUCUCAGCUUAAGCCUCGUGCCUCAGCCAACAGGCUUUUCUGCCUUAAAGAAACAGAAUGUGUACAUGUAGGACAUUGAUAAUCAUUCACUUCAAAUCCCGAAUCUGUAACAGAUUUAUCCGGAGGAUUGUAGAUUGUCCUACAGAUUGUGGUGUUCUGUUCCCAGUCAGACGACGUCCCUGCUCACUUUAUCAUUGUGGCUGAAAAGACUUUCAACAUUGCCUCAGGCUGCUGAGUGGAUGAGAUCGCAUUUAGACCCAAUCACGAGGGCUGCUGAUCAAGGGGGCACUUAACUGCUCUGCUGCUCGCCGGUGAAUCGCUGUCACACACCAACACACGUCUUCUCUGCAGCUGCUCAAGUAGUUUUUCCUCCAGGUGUGUGUGUGUGUUAUCAUAUUGAGCUCAAAUAUGGUAAUACAGUAUGUGACACUGUCUGAAAUAUGUACUCAUGGGACAUAAAUGCAGGGUCAAAGGUCAUUUGUGCCUUUUAUUGCACAGACUACUCCCUCUUAAGAGUGUAAAUGUGUGUACAGUUUUUUUUUAUAUAUAUGACAAUGUGCAUGCAACCAAGCCAUGUAAAAUAUGUUUUAACUGUAAAUAAUGUAAAUACAUAUUUAAUGAAGGAUACAACAUUCCCUCAAGAAAAUAAAUAAGUUGAAAACAA